AAACUACCACACAACACCGUGUACACGCAGCUUAACAGUAUUUGACAUUUAUCUGUUAUUUGUAAACAAACAAAGCAAAUUUCCUUUUUCCUUCUCACCAAAACACAUUCUAUACGAUGAAUAUUCUUCCUAAAAAAAGAUGGCACGUCCGGACGAAGGAUAACAUCGCACGAGUCCGACGCGAUGAGGCCAAAGCAGCGGAGGAAGAAAAGGAACGUUUACGGCGUGUUGCACUCGCCGAUCAGGAGGCACGGAUAAAUUUACUGCGCCAGAAAGCCCGCGGCGGACAAAACCCAGCGGUAGAAACCGAAACAGAAGAGCGCGUAAAUCGCCAAGAACAUGUCAACUUCUUUACCGAGCUCGAGGAAGGCAAGCAUGACGGUGUGAAACGGUCCAAUGUGGACCAUGAAAAGGAAAAGAAGGAAGAACAGGAAAAGUAUGAAAAACAGAUCGGCUACCUUACGUAUCUCGGUCAGGAUACGAACGAAGCGCUUGGCAAACGCGACUGGUACGAUACGGCACCGAAACGAAACGAUAGUCUCGAUGACCACGGUAAACCUAUCGAAGUGGGUUUAAAAGCGAAAAACUAUCAUGAUCCGUUGAACGUUAUUCGAAGGUACGUUCCGAGCGCAACGUCUACGCUACCAUCUGUAACUGCAAGAAGCUCCGACCAGGUUGAAACGAUUGCCAUAGAUAAAGCUCAGUCAGUUUCUAGCGCAACACAAUCCAAAACACAGUAUGAACCGUUGAUCGCACAAACUAGAGGCCGAGAAUCACGGAAGCGAAAAGCUAGCGUGAGUUCUACCGAGACAUCUCAUUCAAAGCGACACAAAAGGAAACAUAAGAAGCAUAGUGAUAAAAAGAGAAAGAAAGAAAAGCGCAAGAAAAAGAAGCAUAAAAAAUCCAGCUCCGAGGAUGAGGACAGUACCGACGAAGAAGUAUUAAAAGCUAAAAAAGCGCAACUGGAACAAUUGCGAAAGCAACGAAUAGCACGCGAGCGAGAGGAGAAAGAGCGGACGGAAAGGAUGCUGGCAAAGUUACGCGGCGAUCCGGAACCGGCCCCAAAACAACGCAAAGAAACGCCACAACCGGCUGUACCUCGUCAGAAGUACAACUCACAGUUCAAUCCAGAGCUCGCCAAGCAAAAUUAUGAAUAAAUCUGGACUGCAACGUAUCACUAUUCA